AUGAACAGUGACCUGAAUAAGAGUGACUCAGAGAUCGCUGAGUUUAUUCUGCUGGGAUUUAGGACUGCUCCCAAGAUCCAUAUCUUCUUUUCCUUAGUGUUUUUGGUCAUCUACAUGGCCAUUGUGGUACCGAAUGUCAACAUGGUGCUUAUCAUAACUAUGAACUCCAAGAUACAAACACUUCUUUCUUUCUUUCUUUUUUUCUUGUCCUAUCUGGAGCUUUGCAUUGCUCCCAAAAUAUUAGUCAACUUCUUGAGUAGUGGAAAGAAAAUUUCAUAAAAUGAGUGUUUGGCUCAGUUUUUCUUCUUUGCUUUAUUUGCCACCACUGAAGCCUUUCUUCUGUCUGUAAUGGCAUUUGAUCAAUUCUCAGCCAUAUGCCCUCCUCUCCUUUAUCAUGUCAACAUGUCCCACAAAGUCUGUGUUCAGCUGGUAACUGGAUCUUAUGUCUGUGGAUGCAUCAAUUCUGUAAUAUAUACAAGUUUUGCUCUCACUUUGCAUUUCUGUGGGGAACACAGACUGGACCACUUCUUCUGUGAUGUCUCUGCCCUGAUUGAGAUCUCAUGUGCUGACACCUUUGUGAAUGAAAUGGUGUUGUUCAUUCUCUCUGCUCUCAUCAUCAUCACCACCACCACAGUGAUUGUGGUGUCUUAUGGGUACAUCCUCUCCACUGUCUUGAAGAUUCCCUCCACCCAAGGAAGGAGAAAGACCUUCUCCACCUGUGGCUCCCACAUAGCUGUGGUGAGCAUCUUCUAUGGAACUGUCUUCUUCAUGUAUGCCCAGCCUGGGGCCCUGUCCUCUCCAGAGCAAAGCAAGAUUGUAGCUGUGUUCUACACACUUAUAAUACUAAUGCUGAACCCUCUGAUCUACAGUCUGAGAAACAGAGAUGUGAAAGAUGCAGUGAAAAGAAUUGUAUAUGGGAAAGAGUCCUCUCAGUGA